AAAGAUAGAUACUAAAGAUGAAUGUUAUGCGCCCUCUCUGUCGUGGCUUACUGUCCAACUCUUCACAUUUCUGCUCAGCCUCAAAGCUUCCGCCACUACUCGCCACCACCGGCGUUAGAACUAGGAGCUUUGGAAUACGCGGGACCAAACCCAAGAUGGGAAACAACAAAGAAGAUGAGAAGAAUAACAUACAAACUAACCCCCGUGUGAAUAAAAUCCAACAACUCAUACAUCACCACUCUUCUUCAGAUACAAGUGGUUGGGAAAAAUGUUGGGAGGAGGGAGCGACUCCAUGGGAUUUAGGAAAACCUACACCUGUUGUUGUGCACCUACGUCAAUUGGGAGCCCUGCCGAAGGGCAGGGCUCUAGUCCCUGGUUGUGGCACUGGUUAUGAUCUGGUGGCAAUGGCUUCUCCUGAGCGACAUGUUGUGGGGUUGGAAAUAUCUGAUAUUGCCAUUAACAAGGCCAAAGAGUUGUUUUCCUCGCUACCAAGUGCAAAUUACAUUACAGUCUUAAAGGCAGACUUCUUCACUUGGUGCCCAACUGAGUUGUUUGAUCUCAUUUUUGAUUAUACAUUCUUUUGUGCCAUUGAACCAGAAAUGAGAUCAGCGUGGGCACAGAAGAUUAGCGAUUUCUUAAAACCAGAUGGAGAGCUUAUAACACUAAUGUUUCCAAUCAGUGAUCAUGUUGGUGGACCUCCUUACAAAGUAUCAGUAUCUGAUUACGAGGAGGUACUAUAUCCAAUUGGUUUUCAAGCUACAUCCAUUGUGGACAAUGAACUUGCUAUAGGACCUCGGAGAGGAAGAGAGAAGCUUGGAAGGUGGAAGAGGUGUGCAAGACUUUCCUCACUUUAAUAAUAAUCUCAACUUAGACAACUAUAUCAUUGUAUAAUGUUACAAUUGUUCUCAUUUAAUCAUAUUGUAAUUUCAUCUUGAUAGAUUGUAUAGAUAAACUUUGGCUUAAGUAUAUGCUAAUAAAUAAUGUAUUUAUAAAUGUAUCUAAAGCUCUAUCCCACUUUUAUUCUUGUUACCCUCGUGUUUGUAUGAGAGAGUGAACUAUGAAGUCUUACGGUUGUCAAAGUUCAAUAAAUCUGUAAC